AUGAGCCAUACAGAACCUAAAAGCGCUGCGGCGCCUGAGGAUCAAGAGAAGGGUGUUGCCAAUGCGCCUCCAGCUUUUGUGCCUGAGCCAAGAAACGAUGAUGCUGUCUUGGGUGAUGAGGAAGCAGAGAUCAUUGACUACAAGACAUUAACGUGGUGGCAAGGUGGUAUCGUCCUCAUCGCAGAGACUGUAUCCCUCGGCAUCCUCUCCCUCCCUUCCGUCCUCGCCACCGUCGGCCUCGUACCCGGAAUUGUCCUCAUUCUCGUAAUGGGCUUCCUCUCCACCUACUCCGGCCUCGUCCUCGCUGAAUUCCGCGCCCAAUAUCCCUUCGUCCAAAACUUUGGCGACGCCGUCGAAGUCAUUGGAAAAUCCAUCGGCAUGGGCCGUGUCUUCCAGGAAGUUUUUGGUUGGGCGCAGGUUAUUUUCCAGGUUUUCGUCAUGGGAAGCCAUCUUCUCACUUGGACUAUUUGCCUGAACACUCUGACGAAUAGCUCUACGUGUACUAUUGUCUGGGCCGUUGUGGGCUUGGCGGUUUUCUGGGUUCUUAACCUACCGCGCACGUUGAAGUACACGAGUUAUAUGUCCAUGGCCUCGUGCAUGUCCAUUACUCUCGCUGUGCUUAUCACGGUUGGAGAUGUUGCGCAUGAGCGACCUAUUGGCUCCGGAAGCAUCGAGGUUGCUCGUGAGCUUGGCUUCACUGGCGCUUUCUUGGCCGUCACCAACAUUGCCAUCUCCUUCUCUAGCCAUUCUUGCUUCUUCACUGUCAUCUCUGAGUUUAAGAAGCCUGAGGAUUGGCCCAAGGCUCUGGCUUUCCUCCAGAUCGUCGACACUACUCUCUACCUCCUCGCCGCCAUCGUCAUCUAUGUCUUUGUCGGACCUGAUGUUCCUUCGCCUGCUCUGUCUGCCGCUGGUUCUGCUACUAUGCGAAAGGUCAUCUGGGGUAUCGCCAUCCCUACCAUCGUCAUCGCUGGUGUUAUUUACGGCCAUGUCGCUUCAGCCUACAUCUUCCAGCGAAUCUUCCGCAAUACCAAGCACAUGGUCCGCCGAACAAAGCUGUCUACCAUGGUUUGGUUCGGUGUUACCUUCGGUAUCUGGGCUCUGUCAAUGGUUAUUGCUGAGUCUAUCCCUGUAUUCAACAAUCUCCUUGGUCUUAUCUGCGCCCUCUUCGCCUCAUGGUUCUCUUAUGGACUGCCUGGUAUCUUCUGGCUCUGGAUGCACUACGGAAACUGGUUCAAGGACGGAAAACAGACUUGUCGAUUUGUGGCCAACGUGGUCCUCUUCCUUACUGGCUUUCUCAUCUGCGUCCUUGGACUGUGGGCUUCCAUUGAGGCAAUUGCUGAGGGAGGAAGCAAAACUCCUUGGUCUUGCGCCAGCAAUGCUGCGGAAUAG